UUGGCGUGUUCAGACGUGGUUGGGCCUCUGUUUCGGCCAGUUUCGAGGCGAGAAGUGCAGCGUCUGUGUUUGUUACACGUGUAAUCAUAGCAUUCCCCUGGUUGCGGUGGCUUCGCGGUGCAAUGGCAAAUUCCAAACCUAAAAAGAGGGGUCUGUGGCUGAAGGCGACAUGGCAAAGGGAGGAGAGGAGGAACGUCCUGCGCAAGUGGCAUGCCCCCUACCACCGAAUGAUAUUUGAGCAGUCCGUGGACACAGGGGUGUUGCCCUCUGACCGGAAAAUUAGCUGUAGAGGGACAAGCAGCAGCAAGUGCGCACCAGUCGUCCGCACUGACUUCGCUAGUGCUUCAGCUCGUCGGUGUGCAGAAUCUCCAUCCGCCAGCCGAAUAAAAACUUGGCUUGAUUCGAGCGGCAGCGUGUUCGCUGAACGGCAUCUGCUGUCUCUGCAGUCUAGAUCAGGAAUGAGGUAAGACUGCAACGGAAGCGGCUACGUAGAUGUCUGCAAGGUGAGUGAUGCAUGCAGCCAUUUCUUUGUUUGAUAUUGCGUUUCAAGAGAAGAUGAAGCUGCGGCAUUGUCUAAAGGUCCUGGUUUCUGCUUCCGCCUGGUCAACAUUGCUGCCCCAUGAAUCGUGUCUCAUCGACUCUUAUACUUUUUGCGAGCUGACGUUUGGGCUUGUUGCUUUGGAUAGAAUGCUAUGGUGGGCUUGGCCUGGAGCCAGCUGAAUGUCUUUGUCCAUGAAGCCAUAAACGAGGACAUAAUAAUAAUUUAUUGCAUAUGAACAAAGCGAGGUUGAAGUCAGACCUGCCUA